AUGCAUUGCACCAUCACAUUAUUUGAUGCAAAUGAUGAAUCUCUUCAUACUCAUAUGUUAUCUUUUACUUGUCUGAAAGAAUGUAUGUGCUUCAAUAUGCUUCCGAAAUUUCUAUAUUCUCCUUCCUUAAACUUUCCAUUAUUUAUCAGGUGUUUUAUAGUAGUUGAGAACACUAAUAAAGAGACAUUGUCAGCUCAAAAUUUUGUUCAAAAAGUAACGGAGGUCAAAGAUGUAGCUCUGGAUCAAUGCAUUAAUGCGGAAAUAGUGCCCGUUCAGAAUUCUUCUAGAGAAUUAGUAACAGAAACUAGGAGUGAUGACAAUACCCCUUUAGAGUGUUUGCAAGAACUGUCUGUAAAUUUGAAGAAUCUUUUAGAUCAAGCCGUUGGUACUGAUAUUACAAUUCACGUGGAUGGUGUCAGCAUGAAGGCACACAAAAUGAUUCUAAGAGCGAGAUCGCCAGUUUUCGAAAAAAUGUUCGGCCACGACACAAGCGAAGCUGUCCAAAAUGAAAUCGAUAUUAAAGACAUACGUGCUCCCAUGAUGAAGGAAUUCCUCACAUUUCUGUAUACUGGCGCAAUAGAAAAUCACGAUUUUGACGAUGCUUGCGACCUUUACUAUGCUGCUGAUAAAUAUGAAGUGCUGUCCCUUCGGAAUGCGUGUAAGAAAGAUUUGUUACGCCAUCUUCAAGUGGACAAUGCUUGCCAGCUACUGAGUUUGGCGACAAACCAUGGUGAGGAAUCUUUAAAGAAAGAAAUAUUGGAGUUCAUAAAGAACAAUUUUAAGGCAAUUGUACUAACGAAAUCAUUUGAAGAGUUAGCUAAGUAUGAUGCGAAUCUUGUUGUGUUAUUAAUGCGUAACCAUAUGCUGUAUAAGUCGGAAUAG